AUGACUGAUUUGGGCUGCAAGAAACAUAGUGACUGCACUGUCUCCAGGCUGCUCAAUGUGGUGGAGAACGAGCUCCAAGCUGGCAGAGACAAAGGAGACCCCACCGAAAAACAGCUCCAGGUUGUCUUAGAGGAUGCUGCACUAUGGCAGAGAUUCAGAGAAGUUACUAAUGAGAUGAUUGUCACGAAGAAUGGCAGGUGAGUCUUAUCUUCUGCUUAGAGGAAGCGAGGGGUGAAGAGAACUGUUUAUGGGACAGCAGCUUAACUGUGCACUUAGUUUGCUCAACAACUCACAGGGGAUUCUCCUGCGCAAGACCCACUGAAUGGGAGUGAACGAGAGCAGGGAGUAGUAGCACUAAUGCACAGCUCCCAGUUGUUUGAGUGGUACUUGGGCAGGAUAUUUUGCCAGUGGAUUGUACCCAAAUACUUCUUGGAACAAAUGCUGGUCUUUCUUAAUACAUGAACAAACUUGCCCAUUUACCCUUUUCCAGAAUUCAGAGGUUGUUGAGAGCUGCUAUUUCUGUAGAUUUGGAGAUGGAAUAUCUGAGUGAUGUGUACAUAGCUGAUGGAUCUUAAUGAAUAAGCACAAAGUCGAAAGAACUAAAACAUUCAUCAGCUUCCGGAAUAGUAUUUUCGUUAGCAGUACACAGUCUUAUUGAUUGAGUGAUUGCAUUUAUAUUCCAUCUUUUCUCCAGGGAGCUCAAGAUGGUGUUUGUGAUUCUCCUUCUCCUCAUUUAAUCCCCACAAUAAUCCUGUGAGGUAGAUUAGGCUGAGAAGCAUGACUGGUCCAAGAUUACCCAGUGAGCUUCAUAGCUGAGAGGGGAUCUGAACCCUGGGCAACUAGGUCCUAGUCUGACACUCUAACCCCCACCCUCAGAGAUACAGAACUUUCUUGCAGAAAGAUUGUAAUUUACAAGGGCUCCAUUGGAUGUGAUUUUCCUGCACAGAUAUCUAUCUAUAUAACCUAUGCAUUCUACAACAAGUAUGGCAAAUGUACACAAAUUACUUUAUUUUAAUUUGUACCCUGCUUUUCAGUUCACAACAGAACCCCCCAAAAUAGACUUAACAUCAAAAUGCAAAGCCAGCCAAAAACACAUUAAUGAAAUAAACAUUAAAAAAAAAAUGGCGACCCAUUCAACAUAUGUGCAAAUUAUGCAAUUAGCGAUGGGUUUUCAUGACAUCUAAAUGGUCAUGUGUGUUUUUCUCAUAUAUGAUGGGGCACACACAGGUCUGACGUCAUGGCAGAAAGAGCGCAUGAAUACCCAAUCUGAUUUUUGCCAAAAUCCAUCCAGAACUUUGUUAAAAUAUUGAUUUACAUUGUUCGUUGACAAAAUGAACAUGGUUAGAAUCAGGGGGUUACACGGAAUCUGUUCUCAACCCUCCAAAUUGACAGUGCAUUCCUAACCAUACUUGUUCAGAACUUUGGGCUCAAAAGAGCAUCACUCCAUAGAAUAUUAUAGGAUUGCUGCCUCAAAUAUAUGUUUUCUAGUGAACCAGAACUGAACCUGAAAGUUGAAAUCUUUCAGGGUCAACACAAAAUAUUGAGAAGCCCUAGAUAUUUUGCUGCUGAGGUAAAGGACAGUAUGGGACACACAUAUUGGCUGCCUCUGCUUCACAUGCAGGCUGCCUGAGGAGGCUACCUCAUUCUACUUAAUGUUAGGGCCAGCCUUGUUUGUUCCUUGAGGGUAUAGUGCCUCUGAACACUUCGUUUUCAUUUAACUAUGAUGGUUAAUGUUCAUGGAUGAUAGGUCUAUCAAGGUUUUGUCUAACUGUCUUAGUGGUCAGUAUGGGCUUAAAGGGUGAAUGGACAGCAAUGAUAAUAGCAAGGAGGGGCAUUUGGGUAUCUGAGAAUAUUGUGCCCAAGUGCCUCUCGGAACCUGGAACCAGCAUUAAAUAAAUGCAUCAGAUGAACCAUUUUGGUACUGAAAUGUGCUUAAAUGCAGUUGUUGUUGUUUGUAAGAGAGACGGAAAGGGAGCUUGGCAAGCAAAUCCCUUCUCAGUUGUAUUGAUGAUGUAGUGACAUUUCUCUGAUGAAAAUAGGGAUGUCCUAUUCCAUCCCCUCCAACAUUUCUCUGGCGAAAAUAGGAAUGUCUCAAGGAAAAGCGGGACCUUCUGGGAUCAAAUCAGAAAAUGGGGCAGCUUCUGUAAAUCCAGGUCUGUCCCUGGAAAAUCGGGACACUUGGAGGGUCUGGAUGACUACUUGGGCUGUGCACACACCAUACAUUCAAAGCAUAUGACACCCCCCCCCCAAGAAUCUUGAGAACUACGUAGCUACAAUUCCCAGCAUCCUUAGCAGGGAGAGGCCAUGUGUUUUAAAUGUGCUUUAAAUAAAAUUGUGUCUAUGCAGUCUUGAAUGGCUUUAAAAGGGGAUUGGACAAAUUCAUGGAGAAUAAAGUUAUCAGUGUCUACCAGUCACGAUGGUGGAGUAUGACCUUCAGCAUCAGACUAGGCAUGUUUCUGAGUACUGGUUUCCGGGGGACUCACAUCCUGCUUGCAGACUUCCUGUAGGCAUCCAAUUGGCCGCUAUGAGAAUAGGAUGCUGAACAAAGGAGAUUCAGAAGUGGGGUUCUUAACUCUUUAUUAGAAACAGAAAAUGUUGCCCUGGUCAUAAUGCAUGCUAGCUUAUGCAAUCAUGGCUGGCUGUUUUGGUGAAAGCACAUUGUGAUGUUAAAACGUGUUCUCCUUCAAGGAGAGCACGUGUUGCGGUGGGGGCCGCCAGGACACUCCAAAGUUGGGGGCGGGCUAAUUGAUCGUUGGCCACUGAUGCGAUUGGGGCUUCCCUUGUUGUUGGGAAGAAGUUAAUGUUGCCAUUUGUUGAUUGAUAGCCAGAAAUACUAAAACUCCUUGCACAAGGCUAGGGCUUCCUCUUUUCACCCGUGCAUCGGAUUGCCUGUCCCUAGAAUUAGGGUUGUUCACUUUGACCUUGCUAUGCCUGUCAUGGGGUCGUCUGCUCUUGGGGCAGGGGCCCGGUGGGAAUUUUGUCCAUCUGGCUGAUUGGCUGGGGCCAUUGGGUUUUGCCUACUGCGUAGCAAAUCGUCACAACUUGUAAGGCUGCGGUUAGGCAUUAGUUUAUGGUUUGGUUGGUUGAGGGGCAUGGAUUGGCUGUGCCUGCCCCUCUAAUGCUGCUGCUGCAAGGGAUUCCGUUAAAGGAAUCAGGGGCUAACUAUUGCUUGUCCACUCUGUCAAGGGGGCUUGGGCCAUAGCAAUGAGCUCCUGGUUGCAUUUGGGGAGGGCUGAGGGCAGCUUCCCUGCUCCGUCGCUACCCCCAAGUGUAUUCCCCUUUUCUGACUUUCGCAUCAUGCGGAAUGUCAGUCUGUCCCCCAUGGUGGGGGCAGAUAGUCGCAACCAAUGCCUAAGCAACCACUCACAUUUUUGUAUUUUAAUAAAGUUGUGGCCAAAAUUAUGCCAAAAACCUUAAACAAAAAUUCUGUGUGAUGUGUGAGUUAUUGGGGUGGCCCUGGGGACCUCGACACGCAAACAGAUCCAGACAUAAUUUAUAAGGAAGUUACUGAACAAGUAAAUGAGAAAGAUGAUUUCUGAGUUUUAAUGCCCCCCGUUCCUCAUGUUUCUCUUACAGACGGAUGUUCCCUGUCUUAAAGAUCAGUGUCUCGGGCUUGGAUCCCAAUGCCAUGUAUUCUUUCCUGCUUGAUUUUGCUCCGACUGACAGCCACCGCUGGAAGUAUGUGAAUGGAGAAUGGGUCCCAGCCGGAAAGCCAGAGCCGUCGAAUCACAGUUGUGUCUAUAUCCACCCAGACUCUCCCAACUUUGGGGCGCACUGGAUGAAGGCUGCGGUAUCUUUCAGUAAAGUGAAACUUACCAACAAGUUGAAUGGCAAUGGGCAGGUAUGGCACCCUGUUUCCUCCAUGCCUUUUGGCUUUGGUUUCAGGCUUCUACCAAUCAAGAAAUAUCAAGGGUGCAUUUACGCAAUUAGAAGGGCCCUUAGAGGCCUCUUCACCCACAGAUGCCAAUUAUUCCAUGGAGUCCAAAUGUAAACAGGAAUAAACAGGUCUUAAUUGGGGCUUUCAGAUUUUAAUGGACUCCUUGAUGUUAAGAGAGACAGAGUGCGCUGUGGUUUAACCAUCAGGGAUGUUUCCCCCUAUAGUUUUUUCUUGUGUGUUAAGGUUUUUACACAGGACUUCAGAGAAGGGGGAAAUGAUUGUGGGUAUUAAGGUUUUGUUUUCUCCCCCAUGCCGUUUGGUGCAUAAGUGGAAUGUUGGCAAUAGUCAGGUACUCGAAUAAAAGGCUUCUCCUAAAUGAAAUAAUUACUGUGCUUGCUUUUGCUUCAUGAUAAUUAUCAAUAUUCCAUUGAAUCAUCUUUGGCCUUGGGAAUAAUAAUAGAAAACAUGUACCUGUACCAGAAAAUAAGUGGCAUUCUCUCCGAGACCCUUAAAAAUGCAAAGAGGAAAGUUGGCUCUGUUGGGCUGUUUGUAGCUUUAGAUGCAUAUUAAAAACAAUGUUACGCCUUGCCUUUGACUUGUUUUGUGCAGAACUCUUGUAUUGGAACAAAACUGUCAGAAAACCCAUUAGCAAGCAAUGGGGGAACUUUCAAUCUUGUAUGCUCUAGUUUGUUGGUGGUCACAGGCAGUCAGGAUCUUAAUGAAUCUAGCCUUCUGAGAAAGAUAUGAAGUUGGAAAUGGCACUCAGUAUCACAUCAGAUAAGAAAACAGAGGCACAGAGGACCCCUGGCUUGCCAGUUCAGUCACACAGUGGAAUACAGUGGUACCUUGGGUUAAGUACUUAAUUUGUUCCGGAGGUCCGUACUUAACCUGAAACUGUUCUUAACCUGAAGCACCACUUUAGCUAAUGGGGCCUCCUGCUGCUGCUGUGCCACCGGAGCACGGUUUCUGUUCUUAUCCUGAAGCAAAGUUCUUAACCUGAAGUAAUAUUUCUGGGUUAACGGAGUCUGUAACCUGAAGCGUAUGUAACCCGAGGUACCACUGUAGUAGCAAACCUGAAAAUGGAAUCCUGGCUUCCCGAAUGCUGAGUCUAUAUCCUAAGUACAAGAUUGUUCAGUCAUGGAAAGGAAUAAAGAGAACUGGGCAUGGAAUGCCAUUAAUCCUCAGUAGCUCCUAUUCUAAAUAAUUAGUGAUAGAUAGUAGCUGCAUAUAAAUUGCAAUACAGAUGUCUUAGCUGUUGUGGUGGUGCCUAAACACUCAUACAGUGCUGUAGUCCCAUGUUUUUGUUGCGAUGGUGGUGCAGCUAGAUAAUUUUAUUUCUUGAACUUAGUGGUCUUAAUGGGUGGGAGGGGGGCAUUUAUUUUUUUCAAAACUUGUUUUUAUUAUUUUCGUUAAAUAUUACAAACAACAAACAUAACCACACAAAAUUAUUUCAGUUAUAAGUUUGUACAUAGCAAAGCACAGUACAGAAGCAAAGAAAGUAUCCACCAGUGCGAUGUUGUGAGCACUCUGCUCUUAUGCAUUUAGAGAUUCAUGUUAUCACAAGGAUACUGUGCCUCGUGCGUGAUGCCCCCACUUUCAAUGAGCCCUCACGUGGCCUCUCCACAUACAAGCCUGAGAGACCAGUGGAUGUCCACAUAUCAGGACUGAAUGAUUCACAGCUAAUUUACAUUCUUUUUCUCCCAUAGUAUGACUAUGCAUUAGGAUCACCCUCUUGGUUUGCAUAGUUUUUCAGGCAGUUGAGGUGAUCGGGGCCACUGAUAUUUAUUAUUUUCAAAAAAAAAAAUCAAAAAAAAAUCCACAUAUCUGAGUGAUUCCAAGAGAGAUACGUUGUGCUGCAUGAUUCCUUCAGCUGGCUCUCCAACCUCUCUCUCUCUCUCUCUCUCUCUCUCUCGCCUCAGAAGUGCUUCCUUUUCACACAUGUGUGCAUUCACGCAUAACUUUCCCUCUCCCCUAAGCUGGAGUAGGUAAGAUAGAGCCAUGUAGGCCAGGGGGAGGCCAACAUGGUGCCCUCAAGAUGUUUCGGACUACAACUUCCAGGAUCCUUGGAUAUUGGCCAUGCUAACUGGGAAAUGAUGGUAGAUGUUGUCUAUAACAUCUGGAGGGCACCAUGUUGGCUACCAUUGAUGCAGGCCAAUGAUAUGGAAUUGAAUAAGACAUUAGACCUGAUCCAGGGCUAAUUCAGACUAUGCCUAAGCCCCACUGAAGUCAAAGGAACUAACCAGUCUCAGCUCAUUUCAGUUUCAUUGCUUUCAAUGAAACGUGAUCACAAUUAGUUUUUUGUUGAUUCAGGAACAUUAUUUCUGGUCAAUCUCUGCCUCACUUUUUCUUGCCACAGAUUAUGUUGAAUUCUCUGCACAAAUAUGAGCCGCAAGUUCAUAUUGUUCGAGUUGGAGGCCCACACAGGAUGGUAAUGAAUUGUUCCUUUCCUGAAACUCAGUUCAUAGCUGUGACUGCUUACCAAAAUGAAGAGGUAGGUGGGUAUAAAACAUCAAAACAGCUGGGAAUUGUUUAAGAAAACCCUAUAACUGUGUACGCUAAAACCAGUGAUAUGCUUCCCUACUUAAAUGCUAAAAUUAGGAUGAAAAGGGUGGGGUUUUUUUGGUUAAAAUUGUAUUUUAAUCUUGAUUGUUAGCCACCCGAAAUAUCCUAUAGAAAGGCAGGAUAUAAAUGAUGAUAAACAAUUUAAUAUAGAACAACAAUAGUCAGCCUUCAUCAAAAUGCGACACUUCCACUUAUUUAUUGUUCUGUCCACUUUCAUAGCUGGAUGGUCAAUUUUAUGUUAAGAUCUCAUCUUUUUAAUGUAGAAUUUGUUAGACCUAUUCUGUGCCUAGUUCUCUCUCUCUCUCUCUCUCUCUCUCUCUCUCUCUACUGCAGGUAGCCUAUGGGGAAAAGUAUUGAGCCCUAUUUUGGCCUUUGAAGUAAACAUAUACGGGAUCAAUGUUCCUGUGUACAGUGGUGCCCCGCAAGACGAAUGCCUCGCAAGACGGAAAACCCGCUAGACGAAAGGGUUUUCCGUUUUUCGAUGCGCUUCGCAGGACGAAUUUCCCUAUGGGCUUGCUUCGCAAGAUGAAAAUGUCUUGCGAGUCUUGAGAUUUUUUUCUGCUCCCCCCCCUUUUCUAAGCCGCUAAGCCUUUAAUAGCCGCUAAACCACUAAUAGCGCUAAUCCGCUAAGCCGCUAAUAGGGUUGCUUCGCAAGACGAAAAAACCGCUAGACGAAGACACUCGCGGAACGGAUUAAUUUCGUCUUGCGAGGCACCACUGUAUAUUCCCUACACAUCUUCCUAAGUCCAAUAUGAAGGUCUGAAAGUAGAUUUUGAGUGUGAUUGGGUGAAUGUGCUUAGAAUCCUCCUUGCAAACAGAAACCUUGUGUUAUCCAGGUGCCCAGUCAUGCACGUUCUAAGCACGUUCACCGAACCACAAGACCUGUAUGCUGAACAUGGAAGGUCAGAAGUGGCAUUAAUGUACAUAGGGAGAAUGGAAGGAGGUUGUCUGUGUGUGCAUGCCCGCUCACCCUGCCCACUUUUAGUCACAUGUGUUUCCCCUAAACACCAGAAUAGGGCUUUAGUUCUUGCUUAUUUUAAUGAUACUAUGUAAAGGAGAAAGAAACAAAUUCUAUCCAUGUUGUUGUGGCCUUUUAACCAUCUUUUUGGCUUCUCCAGGGACACUGUGGAUGUUGGCACUGGGAUGCUGCCCAAUAGCAUAUGGAACAGAAAUUCGGGGCCUAUAAUUCAUUUUCUUCCAGCAGCAAACUAAAUGCCACUGCUUCAUAAGAGGGCAGUCCUUCAGUAUAGUGAACCCACUGACUUAUAACUACAUGAUUGAAUAGAAUGCAAGUUUCCGUGAGAGUGAUUGCCUCUGGCAAAACUUACUCUGGAAAAUGGCAGGCUUCAGAUGAUCAAUUGUCAAACGUCAAUUUUUCUUGCUAAUGCAACUCUUUUUCUUUUUCCAAACUCAAGAUAACAGCUCUCAAGAUCAAGUACAACCCCUUUGCCAAAGCUUUUCUGGAUGCAAAAGAAAGGUGAAUUUAUUUCCUAAUAAGCCUCAUUAUACCUGCUGCCCUUUUGUGCUGUAGUGACCUCAGAUAAUCGUCCCCAAGCUUGCUACUUGCUCUGUUGGCAGAAUAAACAUGUAAGGUGCACUGUGAUGAUAGGGCAUUAAAACAAUAACAACAUUUGUACCCCAUACUCCCCACAAGAAACAUUCUGGACUUUCCCUCUUGUUUCCCCCUCACAAAAAGCAGGUAAGGUUGAAAAAUAAUGAUCAGACCAAGGUUACUCAAUUAAUUCCAUGGUUAAAUGGGGAGGCAUCUGUGUGGACGUAGUUUUGCUAGAACUGAAAUAACCUUUAUAAUACUAUCUUUCAGAAACCACCCCAAGGAUGCUUCAGAUAUUGUCUCUGAAAGUCAGCACAUCACAUAUUCUCACUGUAAGUUUUGCUUUUUGAUUUCUUUGUCAUAUUUGGGAAUGCCAAUGACCAAUUGGCUCGAGCAUCUUGAUCUGUCAGUGGUUAGUACCAGAAAGGCUUCUGGGGGGAUAACUAACCUUCUAACAUCAGGAACAUUACUUCUAUUUUCAACAGCUACCAUUUGACUUAUACUUCCCCUCCCAGCUCUACCUCCUUUGAUUAGUAUUGUAUGCCGGAUAUUAUCUGGUUGUUGAUGGGAUGACAUAUAACCAGAAGGUUUCUUCUACCCACAACAGUUUGUUUGCUGCUUAUUUAUUUAUUUAUUUUGUCCCCAACCUUUCUGUUGUGUGCUGCUUGCAUGCUAAGCCAUUUGCACUUCCUAAAUUACCAGCAUGCUAAGCUGGUUGCACUUCCUUCAUUACCAGAUUCUUACGGUUUUCUUAGAAUCCUAGAACAGACCCCGAGCAUCAUCUAGUCCAAUUCCCUGCAAUUCAGGGAUCCCAACUAAAGCAUCCAUCACAGAUGGCCAUCUAAUCUCUGCUUAAAGACCUCCAGUGAAGGCGAAUCAAUCACCUUCCAAUGGUGUACAUUGCACUGUGAAACAGCUCUUACCGUCAGAAAGUUCUUCCUGAUGUUGAGUCAUAAUCUUUUGUAACUUGAAUCCAUUGGUUUGGGUCCUACCUUCCAGAGUAGGAGACAACAAGCUUGCUCCAUCCUCCGUGUGACAACCCUUUGGAUUUUUGAAAAUGGCUGUCAUAUCUCCUCUCAGUCACCUCUUAUGCAGGCUAAAAACAUACCCAAGCCCCUCAAGAGUUCCCCAUAAGAAUGGAUACAAAAACCUAUGGAAUAUGCAGAAAUGGUGAAACUUACUGGAAGAAUAAGAAACCAAGACAACAAAACUUUUACAAAAGAAUGGAAAUGGUGUAUUGAAUAUUUACAGAUAAAUUAUAAACAGAUAAAAACAUUGACAGGAUUAUUGUAAUAACCUGCAAUUUUAUAAGAGUAUAUAUUUAAAGAAGAUGAUUAAAUGCGUAAAUUAUGUUAAUUUGGAUAUGCAGAAGGUAUUACAAAUAAAUUUAAGGAACCGCAGAAAGAGGGGGAAGGAAGUCAAAUUUUGAAAUGUCAAAAUGAUUGUAAAAUUAGUGGAAUGUAUAAAAUAAGUGAAAUGUAUAAACUUGAAAAGUUUAAAUAAAUAAAAGAGAAACUUUAAAAGAGAGAGAGAGUUCCUCAUAAGGCUUGGCUGUAUGUUGACAGUGAAACUAAGGCUGUUUGGGUAUCUUAAACUAAAAGAAUUUCCUCCUCUCUUUGAGCCUGAAACAUUUUGGUAGAUUGUGUGUGCACACACACAGAGGCAAAGAAAGGGGUUUUGAGAUUGUCAUUUGCUGUUAUUUUCCUUGAUCAAUGCUCUUUUCGUAAUGUCUCUCUAGUGGGUGGCUGGUUGAUUUCCAACCCAGAUGCGAUGUGCACAGCAGGAAGCUCAAGCUAUCAGUAUGGUGGGACUUUUCCUCUGCCUGCUGCCCAUUCUCACCACGGCUGUGAGCACUAUUCGACCCUUCGAGGACAUAGGGCUGUUCCAUACCCUGCUUCAUACAUGCAAAGAAAUCACUCUCCAACAGGUAAGUUCUUGGCCUGACAUUUUAAAAAAACUAUUUAUGGGGAAAGAGCAACGACCUAAAAAGCAGCAACAAGGAAGCACACAAUUUACAUUGCAAAUGUUAACAAGUACAAAUCAACAGGCAAAGAAACUGAGAGAGUUGUCGGCAGGAUGCUUAUAGCAAAAAAUUGGAAAGGGAGAAAAAUUCCAUCAAUGAAAGAAUGGCAAAUUAAAUUUUGUGAAUAUAUAAAUCUGGCAAGACUCACAACAUUCAUAAGGGGACAAUCGGACCCGAGAUGAUUAAAAGAAUGGGGAUGUGCUAAAGAGUAUAUGAAAAAACAUUGUUCUGGAGUAAGCAUAUUGGUAUGCAAUGAAUGAUGCUUUACAGCAGGGGUGUCAAACUCAAAUUCAUCGGGGGCCGCAUCAGCAGUUUGGUCACCCUCAAAGGGCCGGUUGUAUCUGUAGGACUUACAGUACAGGAGAGAAGGGUUCAGGCAGCCGUUGGAUCUGUCACAUCACAGGAUGGCAUGUGCUCAAUAUAAAAACAAGUGGAGGUUUCCUGAAUGCAUGUAAAGUGGAGGUUUCCUGUGUAGAACGGCCAGCGCCGCUAGAGGGCAAACGUUCUCUGGCUUGUAGGCUGCCGCGCAUGCGCUGAAGAGGCGGCUUUCUUGUGUCAAAAAAAAAAAAAAAGAGCGAGAAUAAAAGGUGAAGGCUGGCGGCCGGCGGCAGCUACACGGGCCACAUGACGAGGUCUGGCAGGCCAGAUUCGGCUCGCGGGCCUUGUGUUUGACACCCGUGCUUUACAGGGUAAAAGAAAAAGAAAAAUGGAGAAAAAUAAUAUAAAGAUAGAAGUAAUCUACAUUAGACACAACAAUUUAGAAAGGGUAAAAUUUUUGAGGUCUUAGAACAAAGGAAGGAAGUCAAUAUGUAUAUAUGUAUGUAAUGACUAGAUUAGAAUGAAGAUAUGGUUUUAUUUGUAGAUGUGUGCUUUUUUCUUUUUUCUUUUUUGUGUUCUGUUUUUCUUUCUUGUUUGUAUAGUAUUAUUUUGGAUUCAAUGUUUGUAAUUUUUGUUGUAAUUUUGCAUUGAUAAUUAUAUAUAUAUAUAUAUAUAUAUAUAUAUAUAUAUAUAUAUCCAUGUGUGGAAUCAAUAAGUUCUUCUAGGAAAACUCUCUCAGUGUGUGCAUAUAUAUAUGUGUGCAUAUAUAUAUAUAUAUAAACUUCACUUCCAGGCCUUUUCCCCCCAUGGAAAAAUAUAUAUAAACUGAGAGAGUUUUCCUAGAAGAACUUAUUGAUUCCACACAUGGAUAAAUGGUUCCUAUUUCUUUUUUAAAUUAAGGGCAAAGAUAUUUAUGAUCUCAAAGAAUUCCCCUUCCCAAGUUCAUGAGUGUAUCCCAGGCAUCUCUUUUCUGCAAUACUCUCCCUCAACUCUUGAGAUGUGGGGAUGGCAAUUAGGUUAGGUGCCUUUUAAAAAGGAUUAGACAAAUUACAAAUAUAUUGAGCUAUUAGCUUUCCAUGAAUCUAGAUUCAAUUAGGUAGCCGUGUUGGUCUGACGGAGUCGAAAUAAAUAAAUAAAUAGUCCAGUUGCACCUUAGAGACCAACUAAGUAUUUUCUGGGUAUAAGCUUUCAUGUGCAUGCACACUCCUUCAGAUACACUGAAACAGAAGUCACCAGACCUCUGUAUAUAUAGUGGGAGGUUGGGGUGGGGUUUUUCUCAAUAGGGUAGUAGGAGAUGGGUGAUUGACUCAAUGGGUAUGGUAAACCUGUUGACGACGGUUGACGACAGCAAUUAGUUCUAUAGGAAAAAACAUGGGAUAGUAUGCAGAUGACCAAAAAUAGCUUUAGCAUGUGUAAUGAGACAAGAACCCAAUAUCUCUAUUCAGAACAGGUCUCUCCAUAGUUUUCAGUUUAGUAAAUGCCAGCAGCUCUCUAUAUUGGACAAACAGCCAAACCCUCUGCCAAAGGAUAAAUGGUCAUAAAUAUGACAUUAGGAAUUACAAGACAGAGAAGCCAGUAGGAGAACACUUCAGUCUUCCAGGACAUUCAGUCUCAAAGCAGCUACAACAACAAAUAAACAAAUGCAUUCUAAUUUGUCAUCUUAAAAUAAUUUAUUUAGAAACAUGUCACUGUUGCUAACAACUUCUGCUUCCCUUUCUAAAGUGAAUUUGAUAGAAAGCAGCAACAAUGAACUUCAAGUGCCAUCGGUCCACGAAGGCUGGGCUGCAGUACCCUCCAGUCACCAUGGCAACUUGCUCCCAGUGCCUCACAACAGUGGUACGGCCACCCCGGGUCCGAGGUAAGCACCCCAUUGAUUUGCAAUUGCCCAUAGUAUCAGCAGCAGCCACUGAGCAACCUUAGCAGCUUUCGGUGUAACAGCUCCCUUGGAGAACCAUCACGUAUGACAGUGGCCUCCCUGGAGAUGAACAAGUCUCUUCUUGCUCAACCUUCUCCACAAAAUUGUGAAGGAAAUGGGUAAAGGUGUGGUCUACACAUGCAGCAGAAUGAGAUGGUAGAAUACUGAGAUUGUAGAGUGGAUUGUUUCAAUUGGAAUGGCAAGGAAGGGAUUCAGUUUUUCCAUGGGAGAAAAUGGCCUGGAAGUGAAGCACCAGUACAGUAGGGAGAAAGGCUCUAGCGUAGCCUUACCUUCCAUCCUAAUUUCCACUUGGAUGUAGCUGUAGACAGGGGAGCAUUCCAUUUGUUCGAAGGAUGGCAUGUGAGGUGGCAGAAUGAGAACGGAUUCAAAAAUUGCAUGAACCCAGGUCCCACUAGAGACUAUGGAUUCCAAUCUUGUUGUAAAACAAUGAAAUAACAAUGUAUAACUUUAAGACAAAAACUCUGCCAAUAGUGGGUGGCCUUUACACCUGGUCAAAAAAAGAGGACAUGCAAUUGCACAAUCUUUUCCUAUCCUAGCUUAUAUGCAUGGAGCAUACUUGAAAUAAAUUAAAUAGAAAUACAAUACAACCCACCAUAGUGGAGCAGACUGGGUGAAAACUGACUGGGAGUUUUGUGUGUCUGCUUAGUUAUUAUUUAAACUGACCAAACAGCCCUUCAAAUGAAAGACUAACCUCUGUACAGUAGGACACAAGGCACCCUAUUUAAUAAAAGGAGCACUGCACCUUUUGAAAGAUUUCCAUUGCUUCUGUUUGGCUGUGAUUUUUUUCAAAAGGACUUAGGGCUAAUGGCUGGCUAGUUUACAAGAAGUGCUUUACACCCAGCAUCCCUAGUAAAGGUAAAGGGACCCCUGACCAUUAGGUCCAGUCGUGGCCGACUCUGGGGUUGCGGCGCACAUCUCGCUUUAUUGGCCGAGGGAGCCAGCAUACAGCUUCCGGGUCAUGUGGCCAGCAUGACUAAGCCGCUUCUGGAGAACCAGAGCAGCGCACGGAAACGCCCUUUACCUUCCCGCCAGAGCGGUACCUAUUUAUCUACUUGCACUUUGACGUGCUUUCGAACUGCUAAGUUGGCAGGAGCAGGGACCGAGCAACGGGAGCUCACCCCAUUGCGGGUAUUCGAACUGCCGACCUUCUGAUGGGCAAGUCCUAGGCUCUGUGGUUUAACCCACAGUGCCACCCGCAUCCCUCAGCAUCCCUAGAGACCACUGCAAAUUUCAACUGUUGAGUGUUGUUGUUUUUGCUUUGCUUUGCUUCAGUCACUAUCCAUGCCUAUGGACAGUCAGCAACAAUGCCCUCAAUGUGGCCAACCUUGCGAGUGAUGCAAGCAGCAGCCCUCCUGGACCAUUCCUGAGAAGCAACAUUGCAUUGCCUGCCACAUCGCCCUCUGCUUCAAUUCCUUUGCAGGGUACAGUUGCCGGCAGCAUGGAAGCACAACUGGAGCCCACUUUCUCCAGGUUAACAGAGUCCACCUGGGCAUCUGUAGCCUCCCAUUCGUUUUAA